GAUUAGGCGCGUGCAUAAUUGCCAAGACACACAAGUGUGCUCGGGCAGUAGUGGUUCUGUUCCUUUCGACUUAUCAAUAAUUUCAGUCCUAUUAUCCGUCGCACUCUCGCGCAGCCUCCCGCCGUCCACAGCAAACAUUUCAUAGAAAACCUCAUAGUCGGAGAAAACGAGCAGACUGAGAAAAUUUCUCAAUACACAUCGUAUCCAUGGCCUCACUGAUUAGGCAGACUUUAGGUGUUAUAAACACCCAGGUUGUUCCUAGGAUCAACUCAAAAUUUUCUCAGAAAACCUUCAGAGUACAAAAUCAUAGUUGGAGAAUGUCGAAAGAUCCAGAGACGGAGCACCCGGUGAAGGCAUUCGGAUGGGCCGCGAGAGACACUUCUGGGGUUCUUUCCCCUUUCAAGUUCUCCAGGAGGACCACCGGCGAGAAUGAUGUGCAGUUCAAAGUAUUGUAUUGUGGAAUUUGCCAUUCGGACAUUCACAUGCUCAAGAAUGAGUGGGGUUUCAGUCAGUAUCCCCUGGUGCCCGGGCAUGAAAUUGUUGGGGAGGUGACCGAAGUUGGCAGCAAUGUACAAAGAGUCAAAGUCGGGGACAAAGUGGGUGUUGGCUGCCUGGUCAGAUCCUGCCGUAAAUGUGACCAGUGCAAAGUCAACCUUGAAAAUUACUGCUCGAAGCAAGUCCUCACUUACGGCGUGCCUGACAUUGAUGGAUCCAUCACUCACGGAGGCUACUCGAACAUAAUGGUUGCCGAUGAGCAUUUUAUCCUCCGCUGGCCUGAAAACCUGCCUCUCGACAAGGGGGCCCCACUUCUUUGCGCGGGCAUCACGACCUACAGCCCGCUUAAGUACUUCGGGCUCGACAAGCCUGGGAUGGCUAUCGGGGUUGCUGGGCUCGGUGGGCUUGGUCAUGUGGCUGUGAAAUUCGCUAAGGCCUUUGGGGCCAAGGUCACGGUUAUAAGCACAUCCGAGAGUAAGAAGAAGGAGGCCCUUGAGAAUCUUGGUGUUGAUGAGUUUGUGGUUAGCUCUGACCCAGAGCAGAUGUCGGCUGUGGCCGGAACAUUGGAUGGUAUAAUUGAUACAAUAUCCGCAAAUCACUCGCUUGUGCCGUUUCUAAAUCUGGUGAAGCCUCACGGGAAGGUAGUCUUGGUUGGUGCUCCCGAAAAACCCCUCGAGCUCCCAGCUUUUCCUAUCAUUGCAGGGAGGAAAUCCGUGAUGGGGAGUGCGAAUGGAGGACUGAAGGAGACGCAAGAGAUGCUCGAUUUUGCUGCUAAGCACGGCAUAGCAGCGGAUGUUGAGCUCAUCUCGGCAGAUUAUGUCAACAAGGCAAUCGAGCGUCUUUUGAAGGCUGAUGUUAAGUACCGAUUUGUGAUCGACGUUGGGAAAACCAUGAAACCCGAGUGAGGUGCGGAACUGAAGCUCAGCUGUAGUUAUUUUGGUUUGCCGUCUUCAAGAAAAUAAAGUGGUGUAAAAGUUGCUGCUUUGCAUGCGGUGUUUGGCAGAGUCGUGUUCACAAGUAUUUAUUAAUAUGAUCAUUAUUGUUUAACUUGCGUGUUUGACCUCUAGGUCCUCUACUAUGUACGAGUGAUGAUGUGUAACAUACUAACAUGAUUAAAAAGUACUCCCUCCUAUUUUAAAUAUUUGUCAUCCUAGUUAUCAACACACUAUUUAAGAAAUAUUUUUCUUUCUAAGUUUAACCAUAUUUAAUAACACAAUUGUAGAUGGAUGUUCUUGGGAAUAUGAAGGGACAAUAGGUAUUGAUGGAGGGGUUAAAAGGGAAAAAUAUGAACAAAAUAGCCA